AUGCUGCAAACCAAUGCUUGCUCCAGCAGAAAACACACCCCUAUGCAUCGUGGUCGUAAUGGCCAAGAGGCCAAAGGAGAGCGUCGUUGUCGACCUCUUUGCGCCCGCAUCAACAGCAUCAAAGUCCCUCUCCCCUUUGGGGUGGGCAGCUGCAAUGCAGAACGCGCAUCUCAUGCCAAGUCUAAUGCUCUCUCCUACACUCCUGAUCAUUCCCUCAAGUUUCUAAACAGCAGAUGCGAUGACAUCACUGAAGCCACAAUAUCGAGUCAGGAGAUCCGAAUUCAGGGAUUGACAGAAACCCCUCCCGUACUUUCUUGGACCGACAGAUUGCGGCGCCUGGUGAGUGGACGUUGGGCAUUGUGGCUUGCAGGGGAGUUACCCCGUGGAGAUCUUGCCGAGGCCGCGAGGUAG